GAGCUAAAACAAUCAAUCAAUCUUAAAAAAAUGACAGAAGCAACGAAACCGGUAUUACAAAAACCACCAGGUUACAAAGACCCAAACGCCCCGAUCUCCACGGCACCAAAACCACAAAUCCGGAAACAGCCUCUUCCUCCAUCAUUCCAGCCGAAACGAAAACGCCAUGGUUGCUGUCGCAUCUGCUGUUGCUUCUUCUGCAUCUUCCUACUCCUUCUCAUCGUCCUCAUUGCCGCCGCCGGUGCACUCUUCUACCUGUGGUUCGAUCCAAAACUCCCAAUCUAUCGCUUGCAGUCCAUCCAGUUUCCUCGCUUUAACAUCUCCGUCACAUCUGACGGAACUUACCUAGAUUCCCAAACGGUCGUGAGGCUUGAAGCUAAGAAUCCGAACCGCAAGAAAAUUACAUUUUACUACGAUGAGAGUGAGGUUCGGAUGACCGUUGGCAAUGACGUUGAUUUAGGUUCGGUAUCCAUACCAAGGUUCACUCAGGCGAAGCAGAACAUAACGGCUUUGAAGUUUGCGACACAGGUGAAGCACGCUUUGAUAGACGAUGGCGAAGGUUUGAAGCUGAAGGCUCAGUUCCGAAGCAAGAGUAUGUUGGUUCGCGUGGAGGUUCGGACUAGAUUCGGGGUAGGUGUGGAGAAAUUGACGUUGGGGAAGUUGGCGGUGAACGUUUUGUGCGGAGGCGUCACAUUGAAGGAUUUAAGCGCAGGCAACACACCCCAGUGCACCGUCAACCUUUUCAAAUGGAUCAACAUAAGAUAACAUUCUUUUCCAUAAAAAGGGAAAUGCGUAACACAAAGCCACCUUAUUGAUGAAUUCAAAUGUUGUAUUGUUGUUUUGAGUUGUGAUAUGUAUAAUAAGUUGUUUCUUUCU